AGGUGGUCCGUUACUUCGCGGCGGGCAGUAUAGCAAGAAGAGAUUAGUGAAGGAGGGAGCCUUUCGCGGAGAAAUUCCUCUUAUCGAUAGAGGGAAAAUAUUUAGUCGAAUUUAAGGUUUCCGCCCUGGUAAUGGCUGGGUGGAGCAGUCAGCGCUCAGGAAUUGGGCAGCAUGAUGAAAGAUGAAUGGUUCUGUCGUCACGGGCCAAAGAGGUUUUCGCUUCUUUCGGCGGUUGCAACUUUUUCUGCCGAACCCAUGUCGCUUUUCCCACGCUUCUCACAGCCGCUGGAAUGCUUCUAGAGCAUGCAAUGGCUGCAGUCUGCAUUGCAUGCCACAGCAAGCACACCGGAUGCAAUGACUCAGGUUCCACGCGAGCUAUACUCGCCUUUAUCGCCCACCGUAGCCGUUUCACAUGUACUGGUUGGCGGUCAGUAAUUGCGCCAUCCUCAAUGGCCGCUUCCCUGGACCAAGGGAAGGGUCCGGUAGCGCCUACCGAAGUCGGCUCCCUCACGUGCCCACCCGACUACUACCUAGGAAGGCGCUUUCGGAUGUCCAUACAUGGUUCCCAAAUCCUCAACUUGCAUCCGGUCAUCCACGGAAUGUGUCCUGCAGCGGUCACCCAAUGCGUUACCUUGCGCCCUUCCGUUGUCUUUAGCCGUCACCAAGCGUCCACUAUACUCGCAGCUUAGCGAACGUGCCGAAGAUACGUCAUCCUCGUCGAAUCAAAUCCUCAAGAUACGUCGUCAGACAAACACCAACAUAGGUUAUUGCUAUACACGGCUAUCUAGCAACAAUGUUUAACGGCCAUUCACACAUUUCAGUCUUUCUUCUUUCACUCAUUACAAUGCUCAUACACACCAGCUUCAUAGCUUUGUCGAGGUCGCCAUAGCGUAACAUGGCGACUACGGCUGCGACCUCGA